CUGCGCUCAGGUACGGCAGCGCAUCAUACUCGGAUAGAGGGAGAGCGAGCGAGAGCAGCGCAGGGACAGAUAUUUAUAGCCUGAAGCGAGGCUGCAGCACAGAGAUAAGGCUUGCGGGCACACAGACAGACAGACAGACAGACAGACAGGGCUUAGGGAAACGAGGACGCGUCAAAAUGAAACAGUCGCUGUCGGUGCUUUUAUUCGGGGCCGCGGUGGUCGCCCUGGUCAGCGCAGCCGGUUCCGAGGGCGAGAUCUCCUUCGAGUACCACCGCUAUGAGGAGCUGCGGAAGGCGCUGGUGUCGGUGUGGCUGCAGUGCCCGACCAUCGCCCGCAUCUACACCAUCGGAGAGAGCUUCGAGGGCCGCGAGCUGCUGGUGCUGGAGAUGUCCGACAACCCCGGGACGCACGAGCCUGGUGAGCCCGAGUUUAAGUACAUCGGCAACAUGCACGGCAACGAGGCGGUGGGCAGAGAGCUGCUCAUCUACCUGGCUCAGUACCUGUGCAACCAGUACCAGCAGGGCAACGAGACCAUCAUCGACCUCAUCCACAACACGCGCAUCCACCUCAUGCCCUCCAUGAACCCAGACGGCUUUGAGAAGGCUGCUUCUCAGCCCGGGGAGAUCAAGGACUGGUUCGUCGGCCGCAGUAACGCUCAGGGGGUGGAUCUGAACCGCAACUUCCCCGACCUGGACCGCAUCAUCUACAUCAACGAGCGGGAGGGCGGAGCCAACAACCACCUGCUGCAGAACAUGAAGAAGGCUGUGGAUGAAAACACCAAGCUGGCUCCAGAGACGAAGGCAGUGAUCCACUGGAUCAUGGACAUCCCCUUCGUCCUCUCAGCUAACCUGCACGGAGGAGACGUGGUGGCCAACUACCCAUAUGAUGAGACCCGCACCGGCUCCACCCACGAGUACAGCGCCAGUCCUGACGAUGUGAUGUUCAAGUCUCUGGCGAAGGCCUACUCCAUGUACAACCCGGUCAUGUCCGACCCUCACCGACCCCCCUGCCGCAAGAACGACGACGACUCCAGCUUUAAGGAUGGCAUCACUAACGGAGGGGCGUGGUACAGCGUGCCAGGAGGAAUGCAGGAUUUCAACUACCUCAGCAGCAACAGCUUUGAGAUCACUCUGGAGCUCAGCUGUGACAAGUUCCCCAAUGAGGACACGCUCAAGAACUACUGGGAUCAGAACCGCAACUCGCUGGUCAACUACAUCGAGCAGGUUCACCGUGGAGUCAAGGGCUUCGUGCGUGACCUGCAGGGCAACGCCAUCUCCAAUGCCACCAUCUCUGUGGAGGGCAUUGACCAUGACAUCACCACAGCCAAAGAUGGAGACUAUUGGCGUCUUCUGGCUCCAGGAAACUACAAAGUGGCAGCGUCUGCCCCAGGAUUCCUGACUGUCAUCAAGAAGGUGGCUGUUCCCUACAGCCCUGCAACCAGGGUGGACUUCGAGCUGGAGUCCCUGAUGGAGAGGAAGGAGGAGGAGCGGGAGGAGCUGAUGGACUGGUGGAAGAUGAUGUCAGAGACACUGAACUUCUAAAGCGUUUGUCUGGCUGCUGAUCGGACCGUCCGCACAUCGAUGUAAUAUAUCCAACAGUCCGUGUGCCCGUCCACUCUUUAAAAAAAAAAAAAAGAAUAUAUUGUCUCUCAUUUGUUCUGUUCUCUUUUAAUCUUUAUUUUAAUUGAUUAUAUUGUUUAUUAAUGUAAUGGUUUGCCUCAUACUCCUGUAGGUUGUUCAAAUACCCUGCAGACACACAAACACACACCGCACACUGACCCACACAGGAGGAGCCUGCAGGUAGUUUUGGCGGCAGCGGAAUCGAUGUUGGUUUAUUUUCUGUGGUGUUGUUCUUUAUCGUACACGUGAUUGGUAACCAUGGCACCCACCUAUAUAACCGAUGAGUGACUGAGUAAUUAUGUAUGUAAAAGAGCUGUUUACAUCGUUUACCACAUGGCUCCGUCCAUAAUAACGCGUCUUUAUUCUGUUUUAAAUGUCUCUGUUUCUCCAGGCUUUAGUAUUAUUAUACAAACGCACACACAACGAGAGUGCACACAAAUGAAGACAAGUACUGCACACACACUCACACACACUCACACACACACACACACACACUCUGCUUCUCUCCGUUUUCUUUCCUGUAAUAUACAAAAUACAACGCUAUGGUUUCGAGAUAAUCAGGGACAUUGAAAACACUGUAAAAUCACUGUAAACAUUCUAUUGUAAACAAUCUAUACAGGCGAGCUCAUUUCUCUGUAUAUGUUAUUGAUGUGGAGAUUUCUUUUUUUAACUGACUGCAGCACAGCUUUGAUUUUAGCACAAGAUGAAUGGUUAUAAUAUAUACUGUAUUUAUGAACUAGGUAUAGCAAGAAAUAUGUGGUUUUUGUAACUAAAAAUAAAUAAAUAAAUAAAUCAAAGAUAACCAGGCCACCACACCCAUAAAUCUGUCCCCCUCAGUCAACCCAAAGCCGUUCCUUUGUAUCUGCACUAACACAGGGGAUACGUACGGUACGUGAGGGACUGUGGUUCAUGUAGACGUUUGUUUUUUCAAGGAUAAAUUAUUACUUAUCUUCUGAGUGAAGUGAAUGGAUGCAGUUGAGACCGCAGAAAGAAUUUAUUGAAUGUAUAGCAACUAUAGAAACAGUUACAAAUGUAAAAAAAAAAAAAAAAAAGAAAUAAGAUAAUUAACUAAUCAAUAAAACUCCCCUCUUUAUGUUGUCAAACUGCUGUCUUGUCAACUUUGUUUU